UUUAAUAAAUAAAUGUCAAGUACAACAACCGAAAUUCCAUACCACUUUUUAAAAUACAUUAGAAUUCAAUAUGAUUGGCAAUUGGCCUAUAAACAAGAUUCUGAUAAUUUUUGGGUAUCAUACCAAAAAGAUAUAAGAAGUACCACACAUGGAUCUGUUCACAGUUCAAAAAAAAGUGAUAACAGUUUUAGUUUUGAAUCUGACCAAGGUUUUAAGCUAACACCAAACUCAAAUGAUAAAAAUAAUAUUAAAGUAGAAAUAGAUAAUUUCGAAUGUGACAUUUAUUCACCAGAAAAAACUUUAAAGGUAUUAGGAGGUAAAAAAAGAAUUACAACAAUGGGAGUCAGUAAUUUAGGUGAAUUGGGUGUCUUUGGUAGCACUGAUGGCACAUUAGAGGUUUUCGAAACCAUUGAUGGUCAAAUAAGAAGAAAAUUAGAUGGACAUGUUGGAGAUGUGGAUUUAGCAUUAUUUUUCCCAAGUGGAAAAGUUAUAUUAAGUGGUGCCUCAGAUGGAAGAUUAAAGAUUUGGGAUGCAAUUGAAGGUACAUGUGCAGCUACACUCAUUGGUCAUAUUGGUGGAAUAACUUCUGCAUCAUUAGUCGACCGUGGUAGAAAUUUAGUAUCUGGUUCAAGAGAUGGAACAAGCAAACUUUGGGAUGUAGCCAGUUCAUCAGUUAUACAUAAUUUAACAAAACUAUCAAGACCCAUCAAUGAUUGUUUUGUUGCCUCAUCUCUAUUGGAAAGUACAACCAGCUCAACAUCUACAAGCAAAAACGUUGAUGAAAGAGAAUCUGGUACCGAAGGUAAAACUGUUAUUUUAGCAGCUGAAGAAGGAUUUUUACAAGCCAUAGAUUUAAGAUCGAAAAAUAUGAUUGCCCAAAUGAAUGUACCAAACGAAAACAAUAGAUCUGUAGCAUUCAAUGCCUGUUUUGUUCAUAAGAAUUAUAUUAUUGGUGGUGACCACAAUGGAUCAUUAUUCUUUUGGGAUAAAAGAAACUUAAACUCUCCAUUCUGCCGUUUACAAUUCACCUCUUCACCAAUCCAUCAUAUUAAAGCAAACUCCUCACAAUCUAAAGUUUCAAACUCAAUUUGGACAACAAGUGGCGAUGGUUCAGUAUUUUUAAUUGAUUUGGAUAAAAACAAAAUUAUAACCUCUUUAUCUGGUAUCGAUACUGAUGUAGUUACAUCUUUUAAUAUUGUAAAUAAUCAAGCUUUUUCAACCUCAAGAGAUUCAAUUAUUAGAUGUUAUAAUAAUUUAUCAAAUAUUUAAUAAAAAAUUUUAUAAAAUAUAAUAAUAAAAACCGUCACAUUAUAAAAUACUGUUUAAAUUAAAUAAAUAAAUAGUUUGGCAUUCAUAAAGAUAUAUUUAUUAAAACCUUUGUAAUAUUU